CGCUGAAUGAUUGCGUCAUCGGCAGCAGCAAAGCCCUUUGCAUUCCACUUCGGCGUCUGAAGUCCGGGCCUUGACAUCCUAGCCGUCGGAGGUGGAGGCCGAGGUUGUAGGGUAACGAGAUCCGCGCCCAGCCUUCCCUCCCAACCUCUGUGUUUGCAGCUCCCGCCUGCACCCCCACCCCACGUCCAGCCGCAGGUCCAGGUCCAGGUCCGGAUCCAGGGCUGCAGUCGACCUCCCUUCUCCCACCCCAACCUCGCUGCCAGUCAUCGGCCUCCUCCUCUGCCAUUGGGGUGCUCGGCGGGGCUGGGGACUUAAGGUGCUCUGUAAAAUGGAAACCUUUCCCCCUCUCAGGACCUCAUGCAGUCCAGAGAGACCAAGAGAGGAGCUGAGAAGACAGAGGUAGCGGAGCCUCGAAACAAACUCCCCCACCUCGCACCCUCACUGCCCACAGAGCCUGCCCUGUACUCUGGGCCCUUUCCUUUCUACCGGCGCCCUUCCGAACUGGGCUGCUUCUCGCUGGAUGCACAACGCCGGUACCAUGGGGAUGCUCGAGCGCUGCGCUACUACAGCCCACCCCCCACGCACGGUCCAGGCCCCAACUUUGACCUCAGAGACGGAUACACCGAUCGAUACCAGCCCCGAGAUGAGGAGGUCCGCGAGGGGCUGGACCACCUGCUGCGCUGGCUCCUGGAACACCGAGGCCAGCUGGAGGGGGGUCCAGGCUGGUUGGCAGGGGCCACAGUGACAUGGCGGGGACACCUGACAAAAUUGCUGACGACACCAUAUGAGCGACAAGAGGGCUGGCAGCUGGCAGCCUCCCGGUUCCAGGGAACUCUGUACCUGAGUGAGGUGGAGACACCAGCCGCUCGGGCUCAGAGGCUGGCUCGACCCCCCCUCCUCCGGGAGUUUAUGUACAUGGGAUACAAGUUUGAGCAGUACAUGUGUGCAGACAAACCCGGAGGCUCCCCAGACCCCUCUGGGGAGGUUAACACCAACGUGGCCUUCUGCUCCGUGCUUCGCGGUCGCCUGGGAAACCACCCUCUGCUCUUCUCGGGGGAGGUAGACUGCAUAGACCCCCAGGCCCCAACCUCACAGCCCCCUACCUGCUACGUGGAGCUCAAGACUUCCAAAGAGAUGCACAGCUCCAGCCAAUGGAAGAGCUUUUACAGACACAAGCUGCUGAAGUGGUGGGCUCAGUCAUUCCUCCCAGGCGUCCCGAAGGUUGUCGCGGGCUUCCGUAACCCAGAAGGUUUUGUCUGUUCCCUCAAGACCUUUCCGACCAUGGAGAUGUUUGAAUAUGUCCGGAAUGACCGGGAGGGCUGGAACCCCUCUGUGUGCAUGAACUUCUGUGCCGCCUUCCUGAGCUUUGCCCAGAGCACAGUCACCCAGGAUGACCCCAGGCUCGUCCACCUCUUCUCCUGGGAGCCCGGCGGCCCCGUCACCGUGUCUGUACAUCAGGGUGCUCCCCAUGCCUUCCUGCCCACGUGGUACGUGGAAGCCAUGACCCAGGACCCGCCGUCACCCCCCAAGACACCCUCUCCCAAGGACUGAUGCUUCCGAGGGGCUGGUCCUGUCUGCAGAUAAUAAAGGCCUGCUUCUCAGUGGUUCCAUCCCUGCCUGACACCUCAA